AUGGGAAGCUUCGACAGGUUGAAGAAAUACAACGGGAGGGAGAAGGAGAAGGACAAGGAGAAGGAGAAGCCGCCAAAGACCGAAGCCGAACUAGAAGAGGAACGGAAGCGCAAGGAGCAGGAGGAGAAGGAGGAGGAGGAGCUGGAGAAGGCUUGUGAGAAGUGGUGCGGUGUGGUCUGCAAGAUUCUGAUUCUA